CGAGUUGAACGGUGGCUCAAUUUAACGGCAGGCGGGACCGAGCCGCACGCGCUUCUUGCCGACGGUGGCUCAUCCAAGAAAAACCAUGGGGAGCCUCCAGCUGUGCCCGCCGCUCCCGCCGAGCCUCCUCCGCCGUCGCCAACCGGUGUGCGCACUGAGCAAGCACGGCCAGCGGUUGCUCCGCAGCCUCUCCGCCGCCGCCGGGGAUGCCGCGGCGGCGGACAGGCUGAUGAGGAAGUUCGUCGCGAGCUCGCCCAAGUCCGCCGCGCUCGACGCUCUCUCCCACCUCCUCCCUCAUCCCCACCUCUCCUCCCUCGCUCUCCCCCUCUAUGCGAAGAUUCGCGAAGCGCCGUGGUUCAGGUGGAACGCCAAGCUAGCGGCGGACCUCAUCGCCUCGCUCAAGAAGCAAGGACUGACCGCCGAAUCGGAAAGCCUCGCCGCCGAAGCGAUCGCGAGGCUCGGGCCGAGAGACAGAGACGUCGCGCUUCUGUACUGCAAUCUGAUCGAUUCCCUUUCCGAAUUGAAAUCCGAGAGCGGAUUCGAUGCUUACGUCUCUCGUCUGAAGCAGAUCGUGGACGGUUCGUCGUCGGCUUACGUAAGACGCAGAGGCUACGGGUCGAUGAUCAAGGGUUUGAGCGAGAUGGGGCGGCCGCGGGAGGCGGAGAGCUUGAUGGAUGAGAUGAGAUCGAGAGGGAUCGAACUGUCUUAUUUUGAGGUUAAAGCAGUGGCGUAUGGAUAUGGCAAGCUCGGGUUGUUCGAUGAUAUGAGCAGGAACAUAGACAAGAUGGACGCGCAGGGAUUCAAGAUCGACACGGUCUGCGCCAACAUGGUGCUCUCGUCCUACGGGAACAGCGGCGAUCUCUCCAAAAUGCUGCCGUGGCUUGGCAGGAUGAAGGCGGCGGAGAUUCCCUUCUCGAUCAGGACUUACAACACGGUCUCGAACUCUUGUCCGACGAUCAUGUCGCUGCUGCGAGAUCCGUCUAGUUUCCCGCUCUCGAUCGAGGAGCUGGACGGGGUCCUGGACGGCGAAGAAGAAGGCGUGCUGGUUAAGGAACUGGUCGACUCGCCGGUUCUGAGCGAGGCGAUGGAGUGGGGACCUUCGGAGGCGAAGUUGGAUCUCCACGGAAUGCACCUGGGCUCUGCUUAUCUGAUCAUGUUGCAGUGGGUGGAAGAGAUGCGGUGCAGGCUCGGCGGUGGAGAAUACGUGAUUCCAGCAGAGGUUACAGUGGUUUGUGGGUCAGGGAAACACAGUGCCAUCAGAGGGGAAUCGCCGGUGAAGCAGAUGGUCAAGGCGAUGCUCAAUCGGCUGCGAAGUCCGAUGAGGAUCGAUCGGAGGAACGUCGGUUGUUUUGUUGCCAAGGGAAGAGUUCUCAAGAAUUGGUUAUGUACGGAUUCAAAAGGAAGCGCUUCUCGCACAUCACUGCCAGCGAUGGAUAGAGACAGCAGGAGAGUGGAAUUACAGGGUGUAGAAUGUGAAAGAAAGAGUAGCCUCAGGCCAUCAGGAACAAUUGAGGAAAGUUGUGAAUAGCAUCCUCAGCAUGAAGAAAGGGAAAUUAUGACAAUGGUAAGUUCUCACUUUUGACUUAGCAUGUGACAUGAAUGUGCCUGGUGACCGCACGCCGUCACGAUGAUAGGUGCGAUCGUGUAGUAUCAUUUUGCUCGCCCUCUCGUAUAAUUGUUGACUAUGAGCUUAUGAACACGCGAAGAUUUGCAAAGGCAUGUCGGGAGGCUAUAGAGAGCGAGCGAACUUGCACAUCACCAAUUAUUUUCAGGAGCUCAAGUCAUCUGUGAAUUCCUUCUAACUACAUACUGCCUGUUUCUCAUCAUUGAUGUGGUGGGUAAAUGAUCUUUAGCACAACAAAACUAAGUAAAAUGCGAAUGACA